AUGGAAAAUAAAAUUAAUAAAAAAAAAUCCAAUGACGUAGUGUCCGAGGACGUAGUGGCAGUGAUGUCCGCGAAGGACAGAAUGGACUCGGUGCCUGGGAGCUCGGGGGUCACGAAAAAAACCCCGAAGAGCUUAGCGCUAACAGAUAGAGGCUCCAGACGAGCUUCUCCUGUGGCUUUGCCGACAGAGGCGGAAGACCCCGCAGAGCGGGAAAGCGCUGGAAGCGCCAUGAGCAUGAGAAGUGCUGAGUGCGGGUUCGACUCCAGCCUCUCACGCUCCAGCUCGCGCUCAACGAUAAUUGGGGACGGGUACACCGGCAUGCUGGUAGAUAAGACGAUUACAGAGCAGCUCGCUUCUGCCAGGAAAAGGCAUUUUUCUGGCUCGGACUCAUCCGGAUCGACUGGGAUAAAAAAGCAAAUAAAGAUUAAGUUGCAGGAUGCUAAGGGCAAGAACAAGCCCCAAAACCAGCGGGCCGGACCGGCACCUGCAACAAGCAGGAACCGGGUGUUGGAGUCAGACUCCAACGACGAGAGGGCCUCCUCCAGCAGAGAGAGGAAUAGAGUUACGACCCGCUCAAAAAGCAGCACCAUGGGCCAGCCAGUAAGAAACAACGUGACGGAGGAAAUUAUUCAAAGGGCACGCACUGAAGUUCAUGGCAGAGCAGGGACGGUUCUCGACGUAAUAAGGAAGUCCAGGAACCUAAAGGGCACAUGCCAGAAGGUAAUGAAGGAGGAGAUCCUUGCCAUCACCCAGGUGGUUGACCAGUUGCAGUCGGACUUCAAUCCACAAUCGGUCACUCCCCUUCUCUCCCGGAACUUGAGCCUGGAGAAAGAAGUCGAGAGCCUGAAAAAUCAACUGGCUGAACUUCGUGCGGCCCAACCCGCUCCAGAGGCUGAAAGGGAGACCUUUGUGGCUCCUAAGAACAGAGCCCCACGGACAGCAUCACGCGCUGCACCAUGCACUACUCCUCAGGCGGCAAUCAGCGGUGAAGACCUGGAAAUAUUCAGGGAGCAGGUCAUGAAAGAUGUGUCCAGGAUGAUACAGAAGGAGAUGCGGGCAAUGUUCCUGGAGUUUAUGGGACAACCCGCCAUAAUUAGUGCUGCCCAUUCACCUGCACUACAGGGGAAACAAGAGGCGUCUCUUCGUCCACAAUGGCGUCCACCUCUGCAGGGUGACGAGAUGUACGAGACACUCACAAGGCUUCCCGGUGCAGGCGGUCCCGAUUUUAGGAAUGCCCCGCAGUUUCAGGCACCUCCUCCGAAUAGUUCUGGCCGCAACUCCCGGUUCAAGCCGACUGACAACCAGAUCGCGUACAUGCCGUCUCCAGCGAUCCCGUCCACAUCAAGGGCACCGGCCGAUACUUGGGCCACAGUGGUCAGGCGGGGUGGCAAAACCCUAGCUGUGCCACAAAAUCAAGGGCAGCCGCAAGCUGGGAAGACUAGCAAGAAAGGAAAAGCGCAGAGUGCGCCUAAGAGCGACAAGAAAGGGCCGCCGUCCCCGUCUAAGCUUCGGGCUCCCAGGUCUUCGGCGGUCAUUAUCUCCCUGCAGCCGGAGGCCGAGGCAAGAGGAGUGGACUAUGCCAAGGUUCUGCAAGAAGCGAGGUCCAAGUUGGACCUCGCGAACUUUGGGAUAGAAACCAUCAAAUUCAGGACGGCGGCCACCGGGGCCAGAGUACUGCAGGUGCCGGGCGUGACCAGCUCAGACAAGGCCGACGCGCUGGCAAACAGACUACGUGAGCUCAUCCCUGGUGACGUAGUAAAAGUCUCUAGGCCCACCAAAAUGGCAGAAAUGAGAGUGAUGGGCCUAGAUGACUCCAUCACAUCGAGUGAGCUCGCGGCGGCUAUUGCUAGGGAUGGCGAAUGUCCGCUGGAUGUGGUCAAAGUGGGGGACAUAAAACGUAACUCCAGCGGACUCGGCACAUGUUGGGUCCGGGCUCCGGUCUUGGCCGUUAAAAAAAUCACCUCUGCAGGCCGCAUAUUAGUCGGCUGGGUAGCGGCGCGCACUGAAUUGCUUAGGCAGAGGCCGCUGCGCUGCUAUAAAUGUCUCCAGAGCGGGCACAUGUGGACGUCCGGGACACAAGGCGGCAAGCUGUUCCGCUGCACCCAACUGUGCAGUCUGCGCCCCCCUAGGGCGCCCGGUGGACCAUUGGGUGGGCGCAAAAGAAUGUGUCCCACCCAAAAAACAAAAAAGAGGCGCGAUUGUUGUGAUCUCCCGGACGCCGCAUGA